UCUUUCACAACACAACUUGAGUGUAGUUUCAAUAAUCUUUCUCUUUGUAUUCCCUUCCACCUUCGGCUCGUCCUUUUCACUCUCUCACUUUUGCUUAAUAAUGGUGCUUGAAAUCAUUGAUCUGACAAACUCUCCUCCAUCAUCACCAUCCAAGUCAUUGAAUGAAUCCGUAACCCUUACUUCCAAUAAGCGAAUUCAAUUUGAGCAUGCUCCUUUACCAAUAAUGGCCGACACAAAUCCCAACCUAAGCCAAACCAAUCAACAACAAACUACUCUAUGCCCAAUUCCAAGACAAACUUAUGGGCCCUCUCAGAUUGUUAAUAGGUUCCCAUCGGUUAUGCAGGGUGGGGAUGUUACCAUACUUGAUCCAAUAACUGGGUCAAACACAAACCUGGUUUCACAUGGAGCGAGGCUGAAAGAGCCUUGUCUCUAUGAGUCUUGGACUCAGGGAGAGCAUGAGUUAUUUGUGAAGGGGCUAAUUAAGUAUGGAAAAGGGGAUUGGGCCAAAAUUGCAGAAGAAUUUGUAUGCAACAAGACUCCUCAACAAGUCCAGAGUUAUGCUAUUAUCUUCUUCAAGAACCUACAGCAAUCAGUAAGCCCACCACCACCAACAUACUCAUAUGGCUAUAGUAGCAAGAACCCAACCUACUUUGCACCUUACCCCAUGUCAAGGAAUUUAAACCCUAUGGUGGAUCCAUCAGCCUCAAACUCCAUGUCUAUGAUUGUUAACCAAUCACAACAACUCUUCACACCUGUCCCAAUGAAUGUUCCUUUUCCCUUGGUUCCACAAUAUGGAGAAGCUAGCACCAGCACCAACACCAUAGCGUAUGGGUUCCAAACUCAUACAAGUGGUGCAACUGCAGGCACUUCCAUGCAUGCCAUUGCUAAUGAUAACAAAGAAAUUGAUUUGGAGUUGCGCCUGGGUCGAAACAACUGAGACUCAAAUAUGUGUAGCAUAUUUUCAUUGGCAAAUAAAGAAAUUUAGGUGUGAUUGUGCCAUUGUUAUAUGCGACUCAAUAACUUUUUUUCGUUGUUUUUUCUGGUGUUAAAGUGUGUUUAUGUUAUCAAGGUUAUCUUUUAUCACAAAAGAUUGUCAUCGUUUUCUCUUCCUUGUACCUCCUGUGGUUUAAUUAUGGUUUUGAAAAAUGAUUAGCAAUUGUGA